CCCCUUAGCUUCCUUAAAAAUACCUUGUUUGUGUCAAGCAGCAGAAACAAAAAAAUAAACCAUGCACUGUUGUAUUUUUUAAUGGUGGUUAUUUAAAAUGAUUCUCUUAUUUGGAUUUGGCGUGUGUUAAGUUUGGACCUUGUGUGAUAUUUAUAACAUGCAUCAGUACAGUUUCAGUUGUUUGUGUCUAGACGUUGGGUGUAUACGAACUAAACCUUCUUAGAUCUUUCAAAUGUACAGCCGAGUACAGAGAAGUGCUGAUGCCACAUGUUCACAUAUAGAACAGGGGAUUCCGUUGCAUCAUGCGUUUAUCUCAGGCUGUAAGAAUCCCCUCAUUCCCACACUCGUGGGCCCCUCAACUCCCACCCAUAGGGGAACAGUGUGUCGCGAUGUGACUGUGUGAUAUGGUCGAAGGAGCCUUAAAUGCUCAGAGUAGAGCGUUUCUUUUUUGUGUGUGAGUGUGCACGCAUGUGUGUACAUGCACUUCCUUUUGAUCAACCUCCUCAGACUGUGCAGCCUCAUAAAAGGGCGCAAAGCCUCAGUUUAUGCACUUUUCUGCCCUCUUGUUUGGUUUUUUGUGCAUGCUGGUGUCAGGGAGAGAAAGAACGGCUAUUGAAUGGGCUUCUGCCAGCAGGAGAGAAAAUUACAAGUGAUUCCCUGCUGUGCUGGUUAAUGCAAUGAAUGGUAACACUUUCCAGCAGACCACGAGCACUGCACCGUCCGUAGCACCUCCUUGUGGAUGGAGGGAGUUCUGUGAGUUGCAUGCCAGCACCACAGCCCGAGAACUUGCCCAGCACUACCGGCGCUUCGUCAGAGAGCGGUCGGUGCAGGAUGUGGUCCCGCCGGAAAGUUUCUCGGAGCAGUUCAGCGCCCUCUUCCAGCACCACUUCAGCUGUGAGGUGGCUAAAGAUGCAGAACCCACCCUCUGGCCACCGCCGCCUCCUCCUUUGCUGCCCAUGACUGGCCGCUUGCGCAUCACUUCCUUCUCAGGGGUGCUGGAUUACCGGGAGACCGCGCGGCCAGGAGUGACUCCGUUAGUUGCCGUGUUGGCGCCCAAACCAGAUGCCGCCGGCAUCCCUAGAGAACAGGAGCAGUUGCUGCGAUGCUCUCCCGCAGACACUACACGCAGAACGCGGCAUCAUAGCCAGGAAGACGAACACCUGGAGCAGAGGACCGGGUCUGAACGAUACUCGCCCACUUUGUUUUCCUUCCCCUCCCGUAGUGACGUAACCAACUUUUCCGUCAGGGGAUUUCGAGAACGCGUAUGCCGAUUCUUUAAGAAAUCCCCCCAAACUGAUGAACCUUCAGGUGGUUGCCAAAGGGCCGAUUCGAUCAAGGGGGGCAGACCCUCGAUGACUGUUGAGUGCACCUCUCAAACCCCACCUCAGACUGUGCAGGUACCCGCCCAUCGCACCUCGCAGAAGGGUGCGCGGUGGGAACGAUGGAAUUUGUUGCGAACUGUGAGACGAAAACAAGAGACAGGAAGUGUUUGUAAAGAGGGACAGCUGCGGUACCUGGAGGUGGAUGACACUAUCUCAGACACACCCCCGCAUUGGCUGCGCUGCCACCUGCAGGUCAGGAGGAUCAACGAGCACAACGCUAGUGAGAGGUACCAGCUGGAGCUCUAUGACCCACCCAAGGACUACAAAACGCCAAAGCUCACCGUACCCUGUUCAGACAUCCAAGAGAUUCGACGCUGUAAUCGCCUAGAGAUGCCAGACAACAUGAACACAUUUGUCUUAAAGGUUACUGGUCAUCCGGGUAGUUUUCUAUUUGAGGCUGAUAAUGAGCAGCAGGUGAGCUCUUGGACCACAGAGCUCAGAGAAUGCAUCACCAGCAGGUCAGAUAGUAUGGAUGGAGAAACGUUUCCUGUUAGCGACUCGCUCAACGCAGCUCGCAGAGGGAGUACAGAGCCCGGCGGCCAGGGCUCUCAUGGUUUCGGACUCUCGGAGCACACCUACAAUAAAACGGAUCACUUCCUGUCCUCUUACCCGUGGUUCCAUGGGCCCAUAUCACGUGUGCGGGCUGCCUACCUAGUACAGCAUGCCGGGUUCACUGGUCAUGGGAACUUCCUCGUGAGACAGAGUGAGACACGGAGAGGAGACUACGUCCUCACAUUUAACUACCAGGGCAGAGCAAAGCAUUUGCGUCUAUCUUUAACUGAAUGGGGUCAGUGUCGUGUGCAGCACCUGCGUUUCCCAUCAGUCAUGGACAUGCUGAGUCACUUCCGCAACUGUCCGAUCCCGCUGGAGUGCGGUGCCGCAUGCGAAGUUAUGUUGGCCAAUUAUGUGCGGGUAAACCCCACUCACACAGGUCAGAGUUCGGCUGUCGGCUCUCCAGUAUUGGUGCCCUUCUCUCGCUGGAGCUCAGAGCCGAGUCUGGCUCACUGUAGUCCAGAUUCAUGCCCUCACUCCAGCCCCUCCACGGCCCAGUCGUCAGCAUUAUCCGCGCAUCGCACGCCCUCUUCAUUUCCAGACCGCCCCCUUCUCGUCCCCCUGCGCCGGAGCGAGUCGGUGGGCCGCAGAAACCUGCUCCGCCACCCCAACCCGCUGCCGCCCCUACUGCCCAACCAGGACUCUGACUACGAACUGGAGCCACCCGACAGGGGGCGCAAGAGAGCCAUCGACAACCAGUACAUGUUCUUCUGACAGAGACAGAGUAUGAAAAAGAACAAAAGAAGCCACAGAUGGAAAAUGCUCCAGAAUUCCCAGCCGGACGGAGAGCAUCCAGCAGCCAAACGGAGAAAGGAGUUGGAGUCGUGUGAGAUUGCGCAUGAGACUCGGGGUGGAGGCACCUGCGCGUGAACGAUACUGCCGGACACCUGACACCCAGCCCUGCCAGCUGUCUACCGUGUGAAUGUAUUAUACAGAUGUUUCACUGUCAAAUCGGUGUGUAUUGUAGAAUAGCUCAGAGGAGUUGUUGGAUGGGAACGUUUUGUGAUGGCUGGUCAGUAAGUGGAACACAAACCAAGGGUCGAGUCAAACACGUCCGUGUCUACACUGGAAGCGGACAUCGCGACAACUUGAGGCCGUCUACACUGGAUACAUUCACAAUCAGCUGUAAGCUCAAGGCUAGACUUUAGUAAUCAACGAUUACUAAAACGACAAUAAAAUCAGUUUGUCGAUCAGACAAACAAAUCGUCAUUUUUGACCGAAACACGUUAAA